AUGGCGUCUUCUGGGGAAGAAAAUUCCCCAAGCACGCAAGCGCGGGAAGAAACCAAGCCAGUACCACUGGUUACCGAGAAGUCUUCUUCCUCACGAACGAACGAGCACGACACCAGCGAUGGCCCUGAGGCGGACGAUCCAGUCCCUCACCUGCACGCAAAGACCUUCCUGGCCGUUUUUGCCGUGUGUCUGAUCUACAUCGCCCAACUGAUCAGUCUCGUUGGGGCAGGAGCUCAAGGCCAAACAAUAGCCUCCCACUUUCACUCCGCCCCCCAAGCGAUCUGGUUCUCCGCGCCCAUCACCAUCCUCACCGUCGUUUUGGGUCCCAUCAUCUCCCAAGCAGCCGACUACUGGGGCCGGAAAUACUUCCUUAUCAUCCCGACCUUCGUCGGCGGCGGGAUCGGUAGUCUCGUCGUGUCUCGUGCGAGAGCCAUGCCCAUCGCCAUUUUGGGGUUCAGCAUAAUUGGCAUCGGCUUUGGUUCGCAACCUUUGCUGCACGUGGUCACGAGCGAGGUGUUACCUAGGAGAUGGAGGGCGUGGGGCCAGGCGGCGGAUAUGGCUAGUAAUGCAUUGGGCGCGGCGGUGGGACUUUAUGUAGGUGGCGCGUUGAAUAGAACCAACAAUCCGGCGGCGGAAGGGUUUAGGAUUUAUUUCUUGAUGAAUAUGGGGGUUUAUGUAGUUGCUGCGGGACUUUGUUGGGGGGGUUAUAACCCGCCGCUGAGGCCGUUGCAGACGGAGCUGAGUAUGAGGGAGAAGCUGGCGCGGUUGGAUUGGGGCGGGUAUGGGUUUUUGGCGGUUGGGUUGGUUCUUUUCUCUGUUGGACUGUCGUACUCUGAGAAUCCGUAUGAGUGGAGUGAUCCGCAGGUUUCGGCUACCUUUGCCGUGGGAAUGUUGUUUGUGAUCGGGUUGGUGGUGUAUGAGACAUGGGUGAAGAAGGAUGGGAUGUUCCAUUAUGGCCUGUUUUCGGGGAAUCGCAACUUUGCCGUGGCAAUGUUUUGCGUGUUCUCGGAGGGCGUGGCGUUCUUUGCGGCCAACACGUAUUUUGCUUUUCAGGUCAGCGUGUUGUACGAGUCGGACGCGCUGCUGGUUGGGGUGAGGUACAGCCUGAUGAUGAUCAUAGCUGCGGUCUUUGCCUGCUUGACGGGGUGGUAUUGCGCAGCUACAAGACGGGUGAAGUGGGCGACCUUUGUGGCUUUUGGGCUGUUUAUCGUCUUCUUCAUAUGCAUGGCGACGACCACGAGAAAGUCCAACACGCCGACGUGGGGCUAUACGGUGUUCUUGGGCAGUGCGUUGGGUGUGACUCUGACAACACUUGUCACUGUCGCGCAAUUAUCCACGCCGCCAGAGCUGAUCAGUGUUGCCAGUGGACUGAUCAUCAGUAUUCGUUCGCUAGGUGGCACUGUUGGGUUGGCUAUAUACAACGCGCUUUUCCACGACGUGAUGAAGAACCUAGGGAGCAACAUUGGAGCUGCGGUUGUGCCAAAGGGGAUCUCGCCCGAUGAUGUUGAGGUCUUUGUCACAGCACUUGAAAGCCAAAAUGAGAAGGCGCUGGAUACAAUACCGGGGGUGACGGCGGAUAUCAUCCAAGUCGGUGUCAUUGCUUUGCAAGACACGUAUGUCAUGGCAUUCAGGCACGUAUGGAUUGCUGGUGCCUGCUUUGUCGCGCUGGCUGCUCUUGUAUCUCUUCUUUUGCUCGACCCCAAAAAGGAGUUCAAUAUGCACAUUGACGCACCUGUUGAGAAGGAAGAAGAUUUGUAUUCCGUCUGA